CCCCACUUCUCCUCAUCGCACGCAAGACCAGCCAUGCCAGCCUCGCGACGCGGCAGCGGCAGUAUCGUGCUGCCUUCAGGGCAGACGAUGGCGAUGCAUACCCGCACCCAUGAUGAGGAAGACCUUCCUCAUGCAACCAAAAAGACGAUGGCCGACCAUCUACGCAAAUACGAGAGUCUAUUUACUCUGACCCCGCAGCGGAUGCGGAUGAUUGUCGAGGCGUUCAAAGACACGCUUGAGUUGGGUCUGUCGAAGCACAAGCAGACUGUGCCCAUGAUACCCACCUAUGUAUUCGGCUGGCCAACUGGACAGGAAAAGGGCGACUAUCUCUCCGUCGACCUUGGCGGUACCAACCUGCGUGUCUGUCUUGUUACCCUCGAGGGAGAGGGCAAAUUCGAGGUUACACAAACCAAGUACCGACUGACGGAGGAGCAAAAGCAGGAGGAGGGUCAAAAGCUUUUCGACUUUUGCGCCGAAUGUUUGAAGACGUUCGUCGAUACGAAUCUGCAGGACGAGAACAGCGGUCUUAAACUGCAGCCAGGGGAGAAACUACCUUUGGGGUUCACGUUCUCGUAUCCUUGCACGCAGGAGCGUAUUGACCAUGGAGAGCUUAUUCGAUGGACCAAGGGCUUUGGGGCUCCCAACACUGAAGGUCAUGAUGUCGCAGCCAUGUUCCGUGCCUCUCUGGAGAAAUUCGAGCUACCCAUUGAGUUAACGGCGCUCAUCAAUGACACAACCGGCACCCUUAUCGCGUCUAACUAUGUCAAUCCCAAAAACAAGAUUGCCGUCAUAUUUGGGACGGGUUGUAAUGCCGCUUAUAUGGAGUACGUGAAGGAUAUACCCAAAAUCCACGACGUAGGGAUUGGCCUGGAUGGGCAGAUGGCAAUAAACUGCGAGUGGGGAGCGUUUGACUCAUUCGAGCAUGAGCACCUACCCAGAACGAAGUACGACCAGAUAGUGGACGAGACAUCGAACAAGCCAGGAGAGCAGGCUUUCGAAAAACUUAUCUCUGGUCGAUACCUCGGUGAAAUUCUUCGCCUCGUUCUGUGCGAGCUCAUUGACGAGGGUGUCCUCUUCCUUGGCCAAAAUACAUAUAAACUUGAAGUCCCGUAUGCCUUCGACACAGCCUUCUUGUCGCUCUUGGAGUCGGACCCGACAGACGAACUACUUAUGGCCAUCGGCAUAUUCACCCACUUCUUCGCACUGGAGACCACGCUUGCGGAGCGGCAGUUCUUCCGCGCUCUUGCGAAGCUCAUUGGGAGGAGGGCCGCAAGACUGAGUGCGUGUGGGAUUGCGGCGAUCGUGAGCAAGAUGGGCUAUUUAGAGGAGGGAUGCUCCGUGGGUGCGGACGGGUCCUUGUAUAAUAAAUACCCCGGAUUCGCGGACCGAGUUCAUGAAGGCUUGCAGGAUGUCUUCGGCGACAAGGGGCGGAACAUUGUGACGCACCAUGCCGAAGACGGGAGCGGUGUUGGUAGCGCUAUCAUCGCUGCGAUGACCAAGGCGCGUAAGGACGCUGGAAUCUAUGUCGACCUGUGA